ACUUAAAAUCAUCACAGAAACCGAGCUUUUCAUUCAUUUCUUCUUCUGCUACUUACUAUUCCAAAUCCACACAGUAAGUAAGAAGAAGAUGGGUGUUGGAAUUUCAGUGUUGAUCGCACUGAAAGCAACAAUCUAUAUGCUUCUCUUCGCGUAUCUUCAAAACCUGGGUUUCACACUCUUAUCAAUUCCAUUACUCUACGCAUCGCUAGUCUCAUUCCUAGUCUCAAUCGCAUCACACCCAUCCAUCGAUCUUCCCCUUCUUCUCGGGAAGAAUCACGAUGGAAGCUUCCCAAUCAUGUCACUCAUCAUCUUCAGCCCUUACCUCUACUUCGUUCGAUUCUUCUCCGCGCUGCGGAGGCUCAAAAGCGGGGAAGCUCCUUACACGGAGGUUCAUGAGGGGAUUUACGUCGGUGGCUGGCCUGGUUCGCCGGAUAUGUUGCCGCCGGGAGGACCUGCUAUCAUUGACUGCACCUGUGAGUUUCCCAGGGUGAAGGGUUUUACUGUGGGGAUGCCUUAUCGCUGUUUUCCGACGUGGGAUACGAGGUCGCCGAGACCUGCUGAUAUUGAAGCUGCUGUGAAGUGGGCGAUUCGGCAGAGGGAGAUCAAUAGGCCCAUUUUUGUUCACUGUGCUUAUGGUCAUGGCAGAAGUGUUGCUGUUAUGUGUGCACUGUUAGUGGCACUAGGUAUCACAGAGGAUUGGAAGAAUGCUGAGAAACUGAUCAAGCAAAAACGACCUUACAUUCGGAUGAAUGCUCUCCAUCGCAAGGCGCUUGAAGAGUGGUCCAGACACCGGUUGUCGAAGUAGGAGAUAUGGGUGUGGGCUCCUUGAUUAAUUCCGAUUCUUUUUGUCGAUCACAGUAUGAUAAAAAGAGUAGAUUCUCAUUGUGACUUUACUUUCUUUCCACAAAAUUUGGUUUUUAUCGACCGCAGUGGCGUCGAAGGAUCCAUAUACCCAACUUCACUUGAUGGGAUUAAACUUCUGUUGUUGUGACUUUACUUUCUUAGCACUACUGUUUCAAAUGAAUGUAAAAUUGAUCUAUAGUCAGUUUCUUCUGAUUUGGUUUUGUUUCUGGAAACUGACGUGUAGAAUUGUAGGAUUGCAUAUGCUGUGAAAAGGCUGGAACCUCAGUAGACAUCAUUUCAUUGUGUAAUUGCCAUGGAUAAUGAUACUAAGUGUAGUUUUUUUUGGAAAGUUUAUGUUAUGAUCUAUGUCAACUCUUUAA